AGCUUCACUGGAAAUAGCUCUCCUUCUAAGUUUUACUUAAAAUAUCACAACUGUCCAACUGGACUAAUAAUAGAAAAAUGGAGAUGGUCCGUUUUCUCUGGCAAGACAAAAUCCUUGAAAUACAACACAUUCUGGUGGAAUUUGCAUCGUCGAUACAUGGGCGUCGUACCGCAUUUAUUAAGAUCUGAGAAGUUCUUUGAUCCUGCGGCGAAAUUUCACGUCCAUAAUAUACCUUCUGCUGGGUACAGUUAUUUCAAGGAAUCCUUGAAUGUACCCUUUGGUUCUACGGCAUUUAACUUACCUCUUCACAAAUGCGACAUUUAUGGUUCGAAGAAUGUGGGAAAGUUCUUAAGAUUGGAAAAAGGUUCAACAGCAUGA